UCAGCCGAGCCCUAUCAUCGUUUCUCAAUUCUCAGUCUCUCUCUCUCUCUCGAUAUUUCACUCCGUCUGAGACGGCAGCGUGAGCCUGAACUUCAGCAGCUAUUUCUUCACCUCUCCCCUUCAACUCCACACUUUUAUCUCUCAUCGUCAAAGCUAGCGGCCCUCGAUUCCUCUCCUUUCUCCUCCUCGAACUAAUUUUUGAGAUCUUGGACAUGAAUGCCUUCAAGGCUUUCAAAGCGAAUGUCCCAAUUGCAUGGAGUCCUAAUCUUUAUAUCACAUUAGUCAGAGGGAUGCCAGGAACAAGGAGACUCCACAGACGUACUUUAGAGGCAUUAAGGCUUGGGAAGUGCAACCGAACUGUCAUGCGCUGGAACACACCAACUGUUAGGGGAAUGAUCCAACAGGUAAAGCGAUUAGUAGUGGUUGAAACAGAAGAAAUGUACAAAGCACGUAAACAGAAGGUGGAACAACACAAGGCUCUUCGACCUCCAUUAGUUGUAAAUCACCUUCCUGUUCCAAGUUCUACUUCUGCUCCUUGAAAACAUGUAUUGCUGUUAGAGGUCAGGUCUACUUCUCAAGUAUUGGGACGAUGUUGAAAAGGAUUAUAUUUGAGCUGUGUAUUUUUCUGGAAUUAUUUGUCAAUCAAGGCUUUUAUGCUCUACA